AUGACAUCCUUUGGAGCUACAUUCAUACAUGAAUCUGAUGGUUUUAAUUCAUUAUGUAAAGUACAAGGGCAAAUUUAUCACAGAGUGGGUUCAUUACUGCCUUUUCCUAAUGAAACGCCAAAAUUUUUACAAGUCUAUUUUAUGGGUGACAAUCAACUUGAAUUCGAUCAACGUUGCGCAAACAUUAAAGGAUUAAGACGGGAAAUAAUAAGAGAAUUGCAAGAUUUCUUGCAUGAACACAAUCGAUUGAUAAAUCAGUUUGAAACUGCACGUGAACGAAUGGUUUCGGAUAGAUAUAAAAUUCUGAUUCGUGCUGAUAAAAAGCCAGUUGGAGAGCAUGAACGAAGAUUUAAUGCACCUGUGGUAGACGAAGUUGCUGUGGUGAUCGUGAAUAAUAAUAACUCCAAUAAACGUGAUAUUAUUAUUCAACGUAGAAGCAAUACAUUACAGCGUAUUAAUGAAACUCAUCGCUGCUAUGAUGCGUUGCAGUAUCCGUUGAUAUUCUGGCAAGGUGAAGACGGUUACCACAUGAACAUACAUCGAGUUAAUCCAAACACGGGCAUAGAAAUGGAUAAAACAGUAACAUCAAAAGAGUUUUACGCUUACCGAAUUAUGAUCAGAGACGGUGAAUAUAAUCACAUAUUGAAUUGUCGUACUAUUUCAACAAUUUAUUGUUGA